UGUCAACAUAACUGUCAGUUUGACAGUUUUGAAAAGUAACCUUUUAUAGGGAUAAUUUAUGAACGUGUUUUUGAUUUUUUAUCGUUGAUCGUAAUCCACAUCAAGUUUUUUUAAACUUAGUGAAAUACUUUCAAUUUGGAAAAGCUAAAAGUGUAACAUAAUGUUAAUUCUACAGGAUAAUUUUACAAAUCUUUGACGAAAACGUCUGCACAUUUCAACACGCCAUUUUGUUUGUCAUUUGUCAGCCAGUAUUUUUCGAAAUGGUCGUCUAAGACAUUUGGAGAAAGUAAUGGCUCCUGUGCCCAGGCCAGGUAGCCUGAAAGAUCCAGAAAUCGCCGAACUUUUUUACAAGCAUGAUCCUGAAAAAAUAUUUGAAGAUCUACGUGAAAUCGGACAUGGCUCUUUUGGAGCUGUUUAUUAUGCCCGAUGCCUGCUUACUCAAGAAGUGGUGGCCAUUAAAAAGAUGACAUACCUUGGUAAACAGAGUUUGGAUAAGUGGCAAGAUAUUCUCAAGGAAAUAAGAUUUCUCAGACAAUUAAACCAUCCAAACACUGUGGAGUACAAGGGGUGUUAUUUAAGGGACCAUACGGCAUGGCUAGUUAUGGAAUACUGUCUAGGUUCUGCUUCUGAUAUUAUUGAAGUUCAUAAAUGUGCACUUAGAGAAGAAGAAAUAGCAGCAAUUUGUGAUGGAGUACUGAAUGGUUUAAGUUAUUUACAUAGUCUUGGUCAAAUCCACAGAGAUGUAAAAGCUGGGAACAUAUUACUGACCGAAAAUGGAACUGUUAAAUUGGCUGAUUUUGGCAGUGCUUCUAUUAAAUGUCCGGCGAAUUCUUUUGUUGGAACUCCUUAUUGGAUGGCUCCAGAAGUUAUUCUCGCGAUGGACGAAGGGCAGUAUGAUGGGAAAGUGGAUGUUUGGUCUCUGGGAAUUACGUGUAUUGAAUUGGCCGAAAGAAAGCCCCCUUAUUUCAACAUGAAUGCUAUGUCAGCACUAUAUCAUAUCGCUCAAAAUGACACACCCACGUUACAGUCAAACGAAUGGUCUGAUAUUUUUAAACAUUUUGUCAAGUCUUGUUUACAGAAAUUACCAGCGGAACGUCCGAAUUCUUCAAAAUUGCUUUCGCAUCAAUUUGUGACCCGACAUAGACCAAAUAAUGUUCUCAUUGAUCUGAUUCAACGAACGAAAGCGGCCGUCAGAGAUCUAGAUAACUUGAAUUAUAGGAAAAUGAAAAAAAUUUUGAUGGUUGAUAAUAGUGAAAUUGAAAGUACCAUUGGAGAUAUGGAUGAUACACCCGACGAGCACACGGGAGGCGACAGUUCUAAGAGCAAUUCUGUUACGUCCGAACACAGUGUUCAUUCCGUUGGUGUUUCCGCAAGUAGUCAGUCAAGUAGUACCAAUAGCCUUCCAGCAGGUGGUGAUUUAGAAAGUACAACAAAGCGACAGCGUCCACCGACUUCAAAUCAUGCUGCAGUGGCAGUUAUAGCCGAUCACGGGGCUAAUAAUUUUGCUACAAUUCGAACUACCAGUAUCGUCACAAAACAACAGAAAGAACAUAUGCAGGAGGAAAUGCACGAACAGAUGUCAGGCUAUAAAAGAAUGCGUCGAGAACAUCAAGCAGCUCUCAUGAAACUUGAAGAGAAAUGCAAAAUGGAAAUGGAAAGUCACAAAAUUCAGUUGGAUAAAGAGUACGAAUUUCUUUUACAAACAUUUAGCAAAGAUUUAGAAAAGUUGCAGUUAAAACACCAACAAGAACUUGAGAGAAAAUUAAAACAAAAUCAAGUGGGUGAGAAAAAGCUUACUAAAGACAUAAUGACCCGACAAGAUCUUGAUCGAAAAGCUUUCGACGCUCACAGAAAGAAGGAAUAUAAGGCUAAUAAGGAACGAUGGAAACGUGAACUAUCACAGGACGAUUCGACUCCAAAAAGACAAAGAGAUGCGACAUUACAAACACAAAAAGACAAUUUGAAAUUGGUUGAAGCCCAAGAAGAACAAAGACUUUUGAGAUUGCAAAGAGAAUAUUUGGAAUUGGAGGUUCGCAAGUUUAAAAGAAAAAAGCUACUGUCAUUCCAUACAUUAGAACAAGAACUAUUAAGAGAAGAACUUAACAAAAGACAGCAACAAUUGGAACAAGCUCACGAGAUGCUGCUGAGACAUCAUGAUAAAACACAAGAACUAGAGUAUAGACAGCAAAAAGCAGUGCAUAAUUUACGCGAGGAACAGCUACAAAAACAACAUAGUACAGAGUUAACAAACCAAGAAGAAUACAUGAGACGUUCGGAAAGAGAAUUGAGAAAAAAACAUGCAAUGGAAAUUAAACAACAGCCAAAAUCAUUAAAGCAAAAGGAAAUGAUGGUCAGGAAACAGUUUCGCGAAACUUGUAAGGUACAAACGAAACAGUACAAAGCUCUGAAGGCGCAAAUACUGCAAACCACGCCGAAAGAAGAACAAAAGGCUGUGAUAAAGAAAUUAAAAGAAGAACAGAGACGAAAAUUAGCUCUGCUUGGUGAUCAGUAUGAACAGAGCAUUGCGGAAAUGCUUCAAAAACAAUGUAUACGCCUUGACGAAAGCCAGGAGAUCGAAGCGCAGCAAAUGAGAGAGAGACUGCAUUAUGAAUUAGAAAUUCUGAUGGCCUACCAAAGCAAGAAUAAGAUUCAAGCACAAGCGCAAAGAGAUAGAGAACGUAAAGAAUUGGAAGAACGCGUAUCCCUCAGGAAAGCACUUCUUGAAUCUAAAAUGAGUCAGGAAACUCAAAGAUUUUUGGAAGAGAGGGCAGAAAGAAUAAGACUUUUACACGAGAAGCAAGAGAGAGAAUUGGAAGAAUUUGACGAAGAGUCAGCAAGGCUUGGAUUUAGUGUGUUGGCGAUUGCAGAAGCAACAAGGGAAAAUUACGACGACAGCCGCAGUUUAUCAGGCUCUAUGUUAAGUCUUGCUCAUUCUAAUAGUUCAACAAGUUUUCCACCUGGGUCACUCUAGUAUUCCACUAAAUAUUUGCUGUUUUCUGGUUGCUUCGUUUAGUCCGUUAGCCACGUCUCAUUUGGUUUAUUUUAACGGGGCAAAGAUAAAACCGAUUAAUAUACAUAUACAUAACAUAUUUAACUUACAAAAGAUAACAUGUUGAUUAAAGUUUCUAAUUUAAGCUUUAAAGCUACCUACUGUUUCGAUCGUCAUUUUAAACAAUAGUUAAAUCACUAAUUAGUUGCUUUAUGCUCUGUUAAAGUAACGUAAAACGUACAGUAAUAAAACUUCAUCAUGGGUUUGCGUUUAAUUACAACGAGAAGAAAUGCGAACAAAUCGGCGAAACAAAUACUGUUAUUAAAAUAUCUUGUCGUUUUACCGUAUCUUUUUUUUUUUAUUUUUUACUUAAGUUUAAUAAGUUAGUGUAUCUAUGAAUAUUUUAAUAAAAUAAUGUAGCCAAUGUAACUGUUAUUAGAAGUUUACAUUACUUUUUGUAACUGUAUUUGCUAGAUCAUCUCUUUUCCCCUUGAAGCACAUAAAAACCUAUCAUUUAAUUAAUCGAACCAAACGAUGAUCAUAUAUGACGAAAAUACGUUAAAAAAGAAACAUCGCUUGCUAAAUGUGAAGGUGGUUUUUUUUGUCGCAGUACAGUAACGUUUUCUUUAAAAAAAAAAAAGAAGAAAUCGUUCGGUUGUAAUCGUCAAGCGUAUUAAAAUUUUUGACGUGUGUAUCUACAGAGCCGAUUAAAUUAGUAGAUUGGUAUUUUAUUGAAAUUGUUUUGUACAUUCAUUGGAAUUAUUAUAGUAUUAGGAAAUGUUGGAGCGGCCGGCGCCGGCGUUCUAAUAGUAUUUAUUAUUUGUAAAACGUAGUAACAAUUUAUCUGAUUUAGUUGUGUAUAUAUACCUAUACAAAUAAUUAUCAUAUUAUGUAUAAUUUAGUUGUUUAAAAUAAUCGACAUGUUUCAAUUUCACUGUGCAUAUGUUAUUAUGUACAUUUUUUGUUACUCGCCUUCUAAACUGUAAAGGAAUAAAAAUCAAACGUUUUAUACUA